AUGUGCGGCAUUCUCCAUCGUGACGGAGCCUUCGCUGAGUAUAUGACUUCAUGGCAUGGCGCCCUUGUUCAUUUGCCUGAUAGUAUGAGUUUUGAACAGGCAGCCCCUCUGAUGUGCGCUAGAGCGACUAUUUGGCACGCUAUCAACCAAGCGAAUGUGGAAGCAGGUCAAACUAUACCUAUUGUUGGAAUAGGAGGUCUUGGGGUUCUUGGUAUCCAAUUCGCAAAAGCUCGAGGUUAUCGAGUUGUAGCUAUUGGCAACCAAAAGAUAGGCCUGAGGCUCGCAACGGAGGUCCCUUCUCAUCUCGAACCGGAUCUUGUCCUCGAGUACGACGAUCCAGAAACGACCCAAAAGGUCUCGGAUUUCACGGAUUUCACGGAUGAGAUCGGUCUCAAAGCUGCAGUUAUAUGUACCAGCGACGACAACGCUAACGACUGGGCUGCUCAGCGAUUACAGCCAACAGGAGAGUACUGGUCGCAGGUGGCUUCCCAGAAAACGGAUUCAGAUUUGAUCCAAUGA